GAGCGAUGGUUCGAAAUUUUCGAGUGACAGAACCCGAGUAGUACCGUACUGUUCUCGCGCUCCUACUGCUGGUAGUACUAACACCAUGCUCCUUGUUUUGAGAGUGCCGGUACGUACCGUACGGUAUUCUUUUUGGAUCCACGAGUGGUGAUGGGUGGUUUCGAAUGCGACGCAUCGUUGGUGGAUUGUUGACACAAUUCUUGUUUCUACGAAACAAAACAAAACAAGCGAACGAAGCAAAACGAUAAGAAGCUACAGCAGCUAAAGUACCAAGCAAGCGAACAAGCGAUACCCGAAUCAGACAAACACGCCUGCUCCAAGCCAAGCCAAGCCAAGCCAAGCAAAGCCAAGCCAAGCCAAGCCAAUGUUUCGACCAGUCCUACCGAUUCUCACACGCACUGCUGCCAGAAGUGGCGCCGCUGCUCCACGGGCCUUUAGCACCGUAGGCACCGCCUUUACCGCGGGCGACGCAGCCGAGCUGAGUGGGUACAACAAAAUCGAUUUUUGCAUCGACGAAGACGCGAGCGUUCUCGAAGCAGUGAAAAUAUUCGUGGCGCACAACAUUGGCUGCCUCGUCACCACCAACAAAACAGGUACGGUACGGUACGGUGCGCGUGUUGGAUUGGGUCGCGCUGGAAUGUUGUACACGGUGCCGCAUUUGUGAAACCUAGAGCCUUUUCCGCACGUCCGUGUUCUUCCAGACUUGAUGCACCACUUCGUAGUCUAUUGAUUUGGUCAUAUUUGUUGACUCACUUGUCGAUUUGUUUGUUUAUUCAUUUAUUGAUUCGUUCGUUCGUUCCAACCAUCUCUGCAGGUGACCUGACGGGAAUCAUCAGCGAACGCGACUACAUCUCCAAAGUCGAUUUGCUCGAGAGGAACCCCGAGGAAACGAGUGUGAAGGAAAUUUUCACCCCCAGCAGCAAGCUGGUCACGGCCGGUCGCGACGAGUCGGUCCAGGGAUGCAUGGAGAAAAUGCUCGGCGCCGACAUCCGCCACCUUCCCCUGGUUGAUCACGGCGAAUUACUGGGGAUGAUUUCGAUCAAGGACCUGGUCAAGACCUGCAUCAAGGAGCAGGACCAAACCAUCCAGGUCCUCUCCGAUUUCGCGCUAGGAAACAUGAAGCGGUAUUGAUGGGUCUGUUUCUCGGCCGGAGGAAUGGAUUGGUUUGCGUAUUUAUUUGAAUUUGUUGCGAUUAGAUAGACAACUAACUACAGUUCCUCUCUCUUGCUAGGAGCCAUAGCUUGUAUCAAUGCAGCGUAACUAAGAAUCAGUUCCCUUUUGAAAUAUUUUUAGGAAUCACUGUUCUACAUCGUAUCGAUCCGUCCAUUUCGACGACAUUGACCUUCGGUUCGAUGGGUGCAUUUCGGUUUAGCGAUCGGUCGAUCAAUCCAGCAACUUUUCGAUCGAUCCAAAACAAGGAUUUAGAUGGAACCGAUUUGAUUUCAUCUGGUGCACCAUACACCCACAAGAAUCUUUUGGGAACAACCACCAAUCGGUAAUCCCAAAGUUCUGUCAACAAAUUUUGUAAGCACGAUGUGUCAAAAUGAAGGGUUUCACCAGGAGAAGGUCAACCUCUUAAUUCACCGUUCACCCAUUCGAGCAAACAGAAGGCACGUUUCAAGUUUGGACGAGAGCGUCAAAAUUCUAUUGUUUGAUAUCGUUUCGUUGCAUUGUGUUCUAAUAAUCUUCUACCGUAUAGGUAUUCUACAAUAUGGAAUAUACAUACCUACAUAACACUACGGAUACGGUGCCGGUUUCUUACCUGCUGUAUCGCCAUUCCCGAUCCUAUUUCGGGGCACACACAUUUAUGCCGCCGCAUCCUGCUCAAUCCUUAGCUCUUUCGCUUCCUGGAUCACACAAAAAUUAUCUUUUGGUUCUUUUCUUGUUGUGUUUUCUUUCAUUCGUUCCUGCUCUGUCCUAUCCUUGCGCUUGCUUUGCGUUUUUGCUAGCUUUGUGUAGAUAAAUCUGUGAUGCAACA